AUGGACCUAAUCCUUCAGUUCUUGCAAAACCAAACACUACCUGCUGAUCCUGCUGAAGCACGGCGUGUUCGCUAUCGCUCCGCUCGAUACCUAAUAAUCAAUGACGCUUUAUACAAUCGUGGCUUCAACCUCCCUUACCUUCGGUGUCUGACUCUAGAGGAAGGUAAUUAUGUUCUUCGGGAGAUCCAUGAGGGCAUCUGCGGCAACCACUCAGGCGCUCGCUUACUAGCACAUAAGGUCAUUUGGCAAGGAUACUUUUGGCCAUCACUUCACCCCGAUGCCCAGGGACUUGACCUCAUCGGACCUAUGCUUGAGGGAAAGGGCCAGGUCAAGUACGCAGUUGUUGUUAUAGACUACUUCACCAAGUGGGUCGAAGGUACCUUGGGUCCUACAUGGGAAGGUCCUUAUGAGAUUUCCAAAGUCUGCCACCCCGGCACUUAUCAGCUUCGUGAUCCCAAGGGCAAGACUUUGCCCCACCCUUGGAACGCUGAUCACCUUAAGUUUUACUAUAAGUGA